GGGCUGGUCCGGGGCUGCCCCAGCUCGGCCGGCCGCGGAGCGGGGCGCAUGGCGCCGAGCGCACGGCGCGGGGGCUGCGAACAAAGGGCCCCCGGCGGCUCAGGGGGCACCGCCGAGCUCGGAUCCCGACCCUGGCCCAGCCCCGGCCCGGCCCCCUCCCUGGGCGCGGCACCCCCGCGGAGCCGAAAAAUGUGGGGCGCCCUGCUCGUCCCGCUGCUGUGGCGCUUGCUUCUGCUGCUAUCGCCGCGGGACGGCGUGUGCGCUGCGCCCCAGGCCCCGGCCUACUUGAUUGCUGCACCCUCUGUCUUCCGCUCGGGAGUGGAGGAAGUCAUCAGUGUGACCAUCUUUAAUUCCCCCCGGGAAGUCAUGGUCCAGGCUCAGCUGGUGGCCCAGGGUGAGGCGGUGGCAUGGAGCCAGGGAGCUAUCCUGGACAAAGGGACAAUCAAACUGAAGGUGCCCACGGGCCUCCGGGGCCAGGCCCUCCUGCAGGUGUGGGGCCGCAGCGGGUGGGCGGAGGAGCGCCCCCUCUUCCACAACCAGACCUCCGUGACGGUGGACAGCCGGGGUGCCUCCGUGUUCAUCCAGACCGACAAGCCGGUGUACAAGCCGCGACACCGAGUGCUCAUAAGCAUCUUCACUGUCACUCCGAACCUGAGGCCCGUCAGCCAGAAGCUGGAAGCAUACAUUCUGGACCCCAGGGGCUCGAGGAUGAUGGAGUGGAGACACUUGGAGCCAUUCUGCUGUGGUGUGGCCAACAUGACCUUCCCCCUGUCUGACCAGCCGGUGCUGGGAGAGUGGUUCAUUUUUGUCGAAAUGCAAGGCCACGUGUACAACAAGUCCUUCGAAGUUCAGAAGUAUGCGCUGCCGAAAUUUGAGCUCCUUAUUGACCCGCCCCAGUAUAUCCGGGACCUGGACGCUUGUGAGAAGGGCACUGUGCAGGCCAGGUAUACCUUUGGAAAACCUGUCUCAGGGACCUUAACGAUCAAUAUGACUGUAAAUGGUGUGGGGUACUACAGCCAGGAGGUGGGGCGCCCCGUCCUCAGGACCACAAAGAUCCACGGCUCCCAGGACUUUGACAUCUGUGUGAAGGACAUGAUCCCUGCCGAUGUCCCCGAACACUUCCGGGGUACCGUCAGCAUCUGGGCCACAGUGACCAGUGUGGACGGGAGCCAGCAGGUAGCGUUUGAUGCCUCCACCCCCGUCCAGAGGCAGCUGGUGGACGUCCGCUACUCCAAGGACACCAGGAAGCAGUUCAAGCCAGGCCUGUCCUACGUGGGGAAGGUGGAGCUGUCCUACCCAGAUGGCAGCCCAGCCGAGGGGGUGACGGUCCAAAUCAGAGCAGAGCUGACACCAAAGGACAACAUCUACACCGUCGAAUCUGUGUCCCGGGGAGGUCUGGUGGGGUUUGAAAUCCCCUUUAUCCCCAUGUCAGCGCAACACGUGUGGCUGGAGACCAAGGUGACGGCACUCCAUGGAAAGCCCGUGGGGGCCCACUACCUGCCCAGCUACUUGUCUCUCAGCAGUUGGUACUCCCCCAGCCAGUGCUACCUGCAGCUGCAGCCGCCUUCGCGCCCCCUGCAGGUCGGAGAGGAAGCGCAUUUCCCCGUGAAGUCCACGUGUCCCUGCAACUUCACCCUGUACUACGAGGUGGCUGCGCGGGGCAACAUCGUGCUCUCGGGCCAGCAGCCCGCCCCCGUCACUCUGCAGAGAAGCCGGCGUGCGGCCCCAGGGACCCCCAUUCGCGUAAUGCACCUUUCUGAGACAGAGCCUCCUCCUGCUGCCGUGGCAGCCGAGGUCAACGUGUGUGUGACCUCCCUCCGGCUGGCCGUGAGCCCCAGCAUGGUCCCCCUGGGCCGCCUGCUCGUCUUCUACGUCAGGGAGAAUGGAGAAGGGGUUGCCGACAGCCUCCAGUUUGGCGUUGAGACCUUCUUUGAAAACCGGGUUUCACUGACGUAUUCGGCCAACGAGACCCAGCCUGGGGAGGUUGUGGACCUGAGGGUCAGGGCUGCGAGGGGCAGCUGUGUGUGUGUCACUGUGGUGGACAAGAGCGUCUACCUGCUCAGGUCUGGAUUCCAGCUGACUCCGGCGCAGGUCUUCCGGGACUUGGAAGAGUAUGAUGUUUCUGAUGCCUUCGGGGCAUCCCGGGAUGAUGGGUCUUUCUGGUGGGCCGGACUGGCGGCCCGACGACGCCGGCGCUCCUCCAUCUUCCCAUGGCCCUGGGGCAGCACCAAGGACUCCGGGUCUGCCUUCGCUGAAACAGGCCUGGUGGUGAUGACCGACCUGGUGAGCCUGAACCACCGCCAGGAUGGCGGCCUGUACACCGACGAGGCUGUCCCUGCCUUCCAGCCCCACACAGGGAGCCUGGGGGCUGCAGGCUCCUCUAGGCAACCCCCCAGAGCAGAGAAGAGGAAAAGGACCUUCUUCCCCGAAACAUGGAUUUGGCAUUGUCUGAACAUCAGUGACCCAUCCGGCGAGGAGACGCUCAGCGUGCAGGUCCCAGACUCCAUCACCAGCUGGGUGGGUGAGGCCGUGGGUCUGUCCGAGGCCUGGGGUCUGGGGGUCGCCGCACCUGCCCCGCUGAAGACCUUCAAGCCCUUCUUUGUCGACUUCACGCUGCCCCUCCACGUGGUCCGCGGGGAGCAGGCCAAGAUCCCGCUCAGCGUCUACAACUACAUGGGCACCUGUGCCGAGGUGUACGUGAAGAUCUUGGUUCCCAAGGGCAUCCGGUUUGUCGGGCAUCCUGGCAAACGCCACCUGACCAAGAAGAUGUGUGUGGCCUCUGGGGAGAUGGAGCCCACCUGGGUGGUUCUGUCCUUCAGUGACCUGGGAUCCAGCAAUGUCACAGCCAAAGCCCUAGCUUACGGAGAGGUGAGCUGCUGCCGGGAAGGGAAGGCCCUCAGACACCUGGAGGAGAGCUUCGGUGACAGGCGGGUCCCUGCUGGGAGGGAUCACAUCAAGCGCAGUGUGACGGUUGAGCCAGAAGGAGCCCCCCGUGCGUACACCUACAGUGCUUUCUUCUGUCCCAACGAGAGAGUCCACAUCUCCACACCCAACAAGUACGAGUUCCAGUACGUGCAGCGGCCAUUGUGUCUCACCCGUUUUGAUGUGGCUGUGCGAGCCCACAAUGAUGCCCGCGUGGCCUUGUCUGCUGGGCCCCAGGACACAGCAGGCAUGAUAGAGAUCGUCCUGGGGGGGCACCAGAAUACCAGAUCCUGGAUCUCCACCAGCAAGAUGGGCGAUCCUGUGGCCAGCACACAUACGGCAAAGAUCCUCUCCUGGGAUGAAUUCAGAACAUUCUGGAUCAGCUGGCAUGGCGGGUUCAUCCAGGUUGGCCAUGGUCCAGAGCCUUCCAAUGAGUCUGUCAUCAUGGCCUGGACCCUCCCCAGGCCACCAGAGGUCCGAUUCAUCGGCUUUUCCACUGGCUGGGGCUCCGUGGGUGAGUUCCGCAUCUGGAAGAAGGUGGAGGUGGACGAGAGCUACAGUGAGGCCUUUACCCUGGGAGUCCCGCACAGCGCCAUCCCUGGGUCUGAGCGGGCAGUGGCCUCCGUCAUAGGAGAUGUCAUGGGGCCAACCCUGAACCACCUCAGCAACCUCCUGCGGCUGCCCUUUGGCUGCGGAGAGCAAAACAUGAUUCACUUUGCACCCAACAUCUUUGUCCUAAAGUAUCUGCAGAAAACCCGGCAGCUCAGCCCCGAGGUGGAGCAAGAGACCACGGACUACCUGGUACAAGGCUACCAGCGGCAGCUGACCUACAGGCACCCAGACGGCUCCUACAGUGCAUUCGGGGAGCGGGACGCCUCGGGGAGCAUGUGGCUCACAGCCUUUGUCCUGAAGUCCUUUGCGCAGGCGCGCAGCUUCAUCUUCAUCGACCCGCAGGAGCUGGCGGCCGCCAAGGGCUGGAUCGUCAGGCAGCAGCGGGUGGACGGCUCCUUCCCGGCGGUGGGCAGGAUUCUGAACAAGGACAUCCAGGGUGGGGUUCAUGGCACCGUCCCGCUGACCGCCUACGUGGUGGCUGCGCUCCUGGAGACUGGCCCGGCCUCGGAGGAGGAGAGGAGCGCCAUUGCCAGAGCGCGGCAUUUCCUGGAGUCCAGUGCGCCCCUGGCCACGGACCCGUACAGCAGCGCCCUCACCGCCUACGCGCUGACCCUGCUCCGCAGCCCAGCAGCCCCCGCGGCCCUGCGGAAGCUCCGCAGCCUGGCCAUCACGCAGGAUGGGGUCACUCACUGGAGCCUGACGGGUUCCCGGGACACGGACAAGGAUGCAUUCCUGAGCUUCAGCGAUGGGGUCUCUCGGUCAGUGGUCUCGGCUGAGGUGGAAAUGACAGCUUACGCGCUGCUGACUUACACCCUCCUGGGUGAUGUGGCCACCGCCCUGCCCGUGGUGAAGUGGCUGUCCCAGCAGCGGAAUGCGCUUGGGGGCUUCUCCUCCACUCAGGACACCUGCGUGGCUCUGCAGGCCCUGGCGGAGUAUGCCAUCUUGUCCCAUGCUGGCAGUGUCAACCUCACCAUCUCCCUGGCCUCCACCAACCUGGACUACCAGGAGACCUUCGAGCUUCAUAGGGCCAACCAGAAGGUUCUGCAGACGGCGGCGAUCCCCAGCCUCCCCACGGGGCUGUUCGUGAGCGCCAGGGGAGAAGGCUGCUGUCUGAUGCAGAUUGAUGUCACCUACCACGUGCCGGACCCGGUGACCAAGCCAGCCUUCCAGCUGUUCGUGAGCCUGCAGGAGCCUGAGGCUGAACCGCGGCGGACCCCCGCUCCCGCCUCCUCCGCUGAUGAUGACGACCCGGCAGCCGAUCAGCAUCAGCAGGAGUACCAGGUGACCCUGGAGGUGUGCACCAGGUGGCUGCAUGCGGGGUCCUCCAAUAUGGCCGUCCUGGAGGUGCCCCUACUCUCGGGCUUCCGGGUGGACCGCGAGAGCCUGGAGCAGCUGCUCUUUGACAAGCAUUUCACGCUGAAAAGGUACGAGGUGGCCGGACGCAGAGUGCUCUUCUACUUUGAUGAGAUCCCCAGCCGGUGCCUGACCUGCGUGCGGUUCCGGGCGCUGCGUGAACAUGUGGUGGGCAGGAUAUCCGCGCUGCCCGUCUCUGUGUACGACUACUAUGAGCCUGCCUUCGAAGCCACGCGCUUCUACAACGUCAGUGCCCGAAGUCCGCUUGCCCAGGAGCUGUGCGCGGGACCGGCGUGCAACGAGGUGGAGCGCGCUCCGGCCCAGGGCCCGGGUGAGUGCGCGGGCCACUGCCUCCCCUACCACCAGCCACCUCGACCGUCCUCUUGGAGCUCAGAUCAGAGCGGGGAAGCGGGGUCCCCAAGCCGAGGAGGACAGCUUGGCUGGUCCCCGCUUGAGCGGGGUCCUGUGGCCUCCCCAGAGGAGGGGGCGAAGAUUACGCGCUGUGGCUGCGCCCGCGACUGUAGCGCCGGUGGGGACCCGGUGUGCGGCUCCAAUGGAGUCGUCUACACCAGCGCCUGCCACCUGCUGGAGGCUGCCUGCCUAGGCCGCGCCAGAUUGGAGCCCGUGUCCCCUAGCCACUGUGCCCUCGAGCAGCUGACACCAGCCUCUGCCUCCUACAGCUAUGACUAUGACCCAGCUCUCCCAGAUGCUGGGCACCUGGCAGCCGGCCAUGGCCAUGAGGUGAUGGACUUGGAAGGGGAGGCAGAGGACAGUCAGAGCGGCUUCUCUUCCUAACGCUCUGAGCAGGAGGACUUGACCUGGCUGCAUCCUGUCCCUGGCGGCACCCCCAGAGGGGGGCCACUGAUGGAAGAGCUCCCUUGACUCUGCCCCUGGUGACCCUGGCUUCCAAAUGAACCUGAUGCCCAGAACGCAAAGACCUGCCUCGAUGGAUGACUGGUCUCCUCCGGCCCUCUGUCAACAGCAGGGUCGGCCUCGACCCCCGCCCCCGCCCGCCUCCCCAGCUGCACUUGGGGCUGGGCAACCCCCUUCUCGGGCCAGAGCAGCUCCCGCUCCAGGAGAUGGGAUGUUCCUGAGAAGGACCCGUGGCCAAAGGCCUCUGAUGGAAGAGACACGAUGACAUUUAACCAAAUCAGGAACAUAGAUGGCAUCCAUCCCCUUAUCACCAACUUCGAAGUGAAACAGGCCACCUUUCUCCAAAAUGCAAAGCUUAGGCUCCCUUUGGGGCACUUGGGCUGAUGAGCCCCUGGACCUAGACCUCGAAUUGUCCCCUAAUGAUCACGGUCCCCACACCCCUCCAUCUUACCCCAGGGGUCCCCGAAUGUUUGGUGCUGACAGCACCAGGCCCUCAGGGAAAGCCUCAGGGCCUCAACCCCUGAGCCCCUGACUUCCUGGUGUCCCACAUGGGGACUGCUCUCUCCCAGCAUCCUGGGAGCUCUGCAACCAGACCUGCCUUCCACCGGGGGGUUGGGGAUGGGGGUGUGGGGGGGGGUUGUGCCUCUCAGCUGUGGUCACAUUCCUCUUUGUGAUCCUCUUUCUGGUCCCGCAAUGGCAUGGCCUGUCUUCUCCCCUGUGCGGUGGUAUUUAUUGCUGCCAACGCUGCUCAUCUCUGACCUCCAGCAGGGACAGCACAGAAACCCUGAGGGCACUACCCAGCCAGUGGGUCCCUGUUAUGCCACCCCGGCCACUUCCCGCUUCCCUUACCCCCACCCGCACCCCUGCUCCCUGUGGAGGCCACUCCCGUAAUAAAAGCUCCCGUAAUAAAAGCUCA